UAAAGCUAAAGGCUCAGUCAGGACAAAAAUCACUGCACUUCUGUGGUACCUCAUUUCACCUGUGUUUCAGGAAAGUUCCAACUUCUCAACUGAAAAUAUGAAGAAACAAGGUUCGGACAGCAAUCCUGCUGCAGUUAAUCCAGCCUUGCCAGAACCACUCAAAGAUUUAAAAAUUAAGUACACCAAGAUUUUUAUAAACAAUGAGUGGCAUGACUCAGUCAGUGGUAAAAAAUUUGCAGUCUAUAACCCUGCAACUGAAGAGAAAAUCUGUGAUAUUGAAGAAGGUGACAAGGCAGAUGUAGACAAGGCUGUUCAAGCAGCCAGAAAGGCUUUUGAACUUGGUUCACCCUGGCGAACGAUGGAUGCUUCAGAACGAGGAAGGCUCUUGAAUAAACUAGCUGAUUUAAUUGAAAGAGACAGGCUAAUUCUUGCAACAAUGGAAACUAUUGAUGGUGGAAAACUGUUUUCCACUGCCUACCUAAUGGAUUUAGGUGCCUGUGUUAAGUCAUUGCGCUACUGUGCAGGAUGGGCUGAUAAAAACCAUGGUCGUACUAUACCAAUGGAUGGAAACUUUUUUACAUUUACAAGACAUGAGCCCGUUGGUGUUUGUGGCCAAAUUAUUCCUUGGAACUUCCCAUUGGUUAUGUUUGUCUGGAAGAUCGGCCCUGCCCUUUGUUGUGGAAACACAGUGGUUGUCAAACCAGCAGAACAAACUCCACUGAGUGCCCUUUACAUGGGAUCCUUAAUUAAAGAGGCUGGAUUUCCACCUGGAGUUGUGAACAUUGUGCCAGGCUUUGGACCCACUGCAGGAGCAGCGAUUUCUCAUCACAUGGAUGUAGACAAAGUGGCUUUCACAGGCUCUACAGAGGUUGGCAAGCUAAUCAAAGAAGCAGCAGGAAAGACUAAUCUGAAGAGAGUUACGCUGGAACUUGGAGGGAAAAGUCCUGUGGUGAUAUUUGCGGAUGCAGACUUGGAUGCCGCUGUGGAGAUUGCACACAUUGGUCUGUUCUACCACCAGGGUCAGUGCUGUAUUGCAGCGUCUAGGGUUUUUGUGGAAGAGCCUAUUUACGAUGAGUUUGUUCGCCGAAGCAUUGAACGAGCAAAGAAGUACACCCUUGGGAAUCCUCUGUUGCCUGGGGUACAGCAAGGCCCUCAAAUUGAUAACGAACAGUUUCAAAAAAUCCUGGAACUAAUUGAGAGUGGGAAAAAGGAAGGAGCCAAACUGGAAUGUGGAGGAGGACCAUGGGGAGACAAAGGUUACUUCAUCCAGCCCACAGUGUUUUCUAAUGUAACGGAUGAUAUGCGCAUUGCCAAAGAGGAGAUAUUUGGACCUGUUCAGCAAAUCAUGAAGUUUAAAACUGUAGAUGAAGUUAUCAGGAGGGCAAACAACACUACCUAUGGCUUAGCAGCAGCAGUGUUUACCAAAGAUGUCGAUAAAGCACUGACAUUUACAUCUGCUCUUCAGGCUGGAACAGUAUGGGUUAAUUGCUAUAGUGCAUUUUCUUCUCAAUGUCCUUUUGGAGGAUUUAAGAUGUCCGGAAAUGGACGAGAAAUGGGAGAAUAUUGCCUUCAUGAAUAUACAGAAGUUAAGACUGUCACCAUCAAAAUCCCACAGAAAAACUCGUAAAGCUGUGCAAGGUGUUGAAUUUAGCUCCUACAAAUGCUAAAUGACUC